GCUAUGAAGCUUGCUUUAUAUCAAGUAGGAAUUCAUGUUAAAUUAUAAUUCCGAAUAAUAUUAAUAUUUAGUGACAUAUUGGUAGCUCACACGAUAUGAUUUUUCUUCUAUGCCGGCAGUUGUGUUAUACGAAUAUCGAGUUGCCGAACUCCUUGCUAUUUUUAGCAGACAUACGCAUGUGCUGGUUGUUUCGCUAGGCAUAGAUACAAUUUGAAUAUAAUGAAAAACAAUUAUACACUCUAUGUAUAUUGCUGGUUAAAAUACGUGUGGAUAUAUAUAUGAGAAAACCAGCUGAUUAAAUUCGACUCAACAAAAAAUCUUCACUUUAUAAAGACGUUAAGUAAAUUUAUUGAACGUGUCUGUAUUUAAAAUGCCGCAUCAUUUGUGGCUCGCGAUGACUCGUAGCGGAGUGAAGACUUACACAAAAGCAAGGUAAAAAAUGAAUGUGAACAAGGUCAUGUGUUAUUGUUUAUCGUGGAUUGUUGUAGAGAAAAUAUCUGACGACCAAGGUCUUAAAUAUUCAAAAUGACGAGGUCUUACGAGAAGUUUAAUAGUCUGGAAAGUAUAUCGUCGCCGAAAGGAUGUCGCCGAACUCUGAUAAAUAUUCGGUAGAAUUUUAAUGCUAAAGAAACUAGAAAAUAAACAGGCAUUCGCUUUUCGCUUCAUGCAGUUGUAUUAACUGCCUAUUUUCAAUAACCACGUUUUUUUCUACUUGUAGCUGCGCUGCUUGGCAAGUGAUAACACGAUGUCAUUAAUUCAGGUAGUAACGCUCUAGGAAAACAGGUUAAAACCGGAAUUUCCUAACCCUAAUCUCAUAACAUUAGCUACAUUAGUCGUGUUAAAACGAAUCGAAAACAGAAUUCUUCGCAACACUGCGUAGCAAAUUACAGUGCCAGACCUGAAAUGGUUGAUGCAUUAUAGUCAAAAACAUAUAUAGUAUAGCGGGCUAAAAUAAACGUCACAUAAUUAUAUGUUAUCUAAUUGUCUUAAUGUGACAGCAUCGACAGAUCAAAUGACCGUAAUUACGUUCUGAAAUAUAUGCAGAGUCUUAGCUGUUACGUUCUGUUUUCUAAAUUUCGUCUAACAUCAAGGAUACUACAUUUCAUUGAGAUAUACUGAAAAUGAGUACAGUUCUUUCCAGUACAUGCUCGGUUUAGGCAAGUUUUCCACACGAGCAUUGCCUAACUUUUGGAAGUUUUAUACGAUGCGCAUUCACAACAUGAUGAAUGGGGGUUCAUGUUGUUGCAGCACAAACAUAAUUUUUUUUUUUCACUAUUUGUGCAUGUGGCAUACUCGAGUAAACAAGCUCAAACAAUGCGCGACUUCAAAAUUAUUUUUUCCGGAAGUGUUAUGGUAUAAACCGCCGUUGUCUAAUGCAAGCUCAUGAUUCGAACAAAUGCCAUGCAGUUGUUCAUCGGCUAAACAAAGUUAUUUCCAGUUGGGGCACUAUAAUGAAUAAAUGGCUUAAAAAGCGUAUCUACGCGCAGUAUAUUGUUGCAUCGUAGUAAGCCAAAGCUAUAUGCAUAUACAUCGUGUGACUUAUGUAUGUGACUCAAUGAUGUAGUUUUUAUAUGACGAAGUCUAUGAUAACUCGCCAGCCUAGCCUUGCGCAACGCGAGUGCGGAUGUAGUAUUGCGUCGAGCAGUUACGAAGCACAGUAUCGUUUUGCCUGUCGCGUGUUAGAAUAAAGCCCCAAAUACAUUGUCAACUAUCUUCCCACAUAUUUUCACUCACUUGGCAGAUUUGAUAUAUAUAUAUAUAUCGAUGAAAUUGAAUCUCAAUAAUUUUGGAUGCAAAGGGGAACUAGCUGGAACGUGUUGUUAUAUAUGUUUCGUAUUACCGUGGCUGGUUUGAAGUUUGUUAACCCCAGCUUAAUCCAGCGGAAAUACCAAUAGAUAACUGUCAAUAGUUCAUUAUGUUGUGCUGUAUUCUUUGAAAAGGUCUGGAGGUUACUGGCUGUCCUGGGUUUGUUUUGCGAGACUGCAUUAUAUGCUUUUGUUUCCGUUUUUCACUGCCGUAGUAGCGUACUAAGAUAGUCACAAUAGUAAAGUCAAUUCAAAAUGGUAGAAUUUAUACUACUCGUCAGUUGUUUAUUGUUCGAACUGUUUAUCGUAUUAGCAAUAGCGACAGAGUAGCGGGUAUCUGAGAACUAACGUCACGUGCUGUAGAUAUCCCUAAGGACGUAAAUUUAAUUAUGACAGAAUAUUUCAAAGUUUACUAAUAGUGUCGACUAAGAAAUUUCAGUGUGUCCUUAUCCUCCUGUCGACAUAUCAAUGUGUGGUAUAACGUCAACGUUUAUGUUCGCUCUCCAUUUGUUCUUCUCUGUUCAGAUUAACAGUUCUUAGCUGAAAUCAUUUUGUGCAUUAUACAGCAAUGUAUUAUAUGGCUUUUAGUUGUUCUGCAGACGUAGAGCUUUCAUCAACAACGUGCGAACGCAUUGAAUUAAUCGAGACCGAUACACGGAUGUUAUUGACCGAUGUGUAUCGAUAUAGCGUUCUGUGUUGGCUUGUAAUUUGGUGCUUAGGGCAAAAGCGGACAUAAUUCAAUGAAAUAGGACUCAGGCUCAAAUGCUAUAAUGUAAAAACGUGCAUAGUCUCGGGCAGUGUGUGCAGUGUCGAAAGAGAUGCGUGGAUACCUGGCGAUAUCGCUUGUAAGCUGGUGAUUUUUGUGUAACUACUCCGCAUGGAAGCCCUUUUUAAAAUUCUAUUUUUAAACUCUGUACACUCUUAUAAGAAUUCCUGUGAGCUUCUAAUAAAAAAAAAGGGUUCAUCCUAAAAGAAGUCUCCAUUCGAAGCCUAUUUCAGUGUUUUGAAUGUGUAUCUGUGAGAUAAACAGAAAAUUAAUGAAAUAAUGAUAGAAUGAAUUAAAGGAAGUUUGCAAUUUAUUAUUGCGCGGAGAGGAGGAUGCAAGCAAGAUGGGUCUCAUAUGUGCUCACGUGUUCACAAUCAGUCGUAUAAUAUAGAGUAUCAUCAACAGUAUGGAUCCUACACAAAUAGGUUAGCUACAAUUACUAUAAAUGUCGCACUGUAAAUAGUUGAAUAGCCGUGUUUAUAGCAAACAUGAUUUAAAUAUCAUUAUUUCAUCGAAUUAUUUCGACGACGUUGUUUAGGCGGUGGAACCCUUUGGUAUUUAAGGCCGUUGACAUUGUCCCAUGCUUCGCCCCGUGUGUGUAUCAUUUUUCGUGCAGUCUUCUCUAAUGCCGUUUUCAUGUACUAUGCCUGACCAUCAUUUGAUCCGUUGUCCCAUUCAUUAUAUAACAUUAGCUACUAUUAUUCUACCCACUCAGAUAUCAUUACGUCUCUAUUGGAACAAUUCGUUGUGUGAAUAUUCCAUGGCCGUAGCAGAUGCCCCCAUGUGGCCUGCUUUACUGUUUCUCCGCUACAGCCUUUGUUAUAACCUUCACUUAAGUUUCUAUUGCUACACAUAGACACACAUGAAUUGUACCCUUCAACCCGUGCUAUGACUAAUUUUUUAAUUGUCCUUGUAAGCCCCAACUCAGCCUCUAAAAAGCGGUUCUCUAUCGCAUCGGCUUGUACGUUGCAUCGCCCUUACUGGUGGACGGGAUGUAGGCAAAUAAGAGAAAGUGCGCGCGAACGUAUUACAAAUAAUUACUAAACUAGCGAUUCGGUUGCUAAGAUCGAGAGGGCAAUGAUGACAACUACGACAGAACAAUUUUCCGUCCACCAACGUAAAAUCUAAUAGAUCCUUACAGUAACAUUUUUUAGUCUGUGUUUUUUGCUUGUUGUGAUAUAUAAUUUGUUAAGCUACCUGUUAUCGUUAUUUAUGUUAUUUUUUAUUAUUUAUUUAUUUAUUUUAUUAUUAUUAUUAGUUAUUUAUGUGAGCGGAGUGACAGUCGUUUGCAUCUCAUUCGACUAUAUAGAAUAUGAUAGUUUUUGAUAGCGUAGUCUACUUAUUGGUCGGUUUUUUGUACGGUCAUCUAAUUUGCUAUUAAUGCCAUUACUCCGUCGUCUUUGGUAAAAAAAAAAACUUACCUUUUUGCUGUUAGAUUUUGCUCUAUUUGGUGAGAUAGAGAACCUCCCGACGCCAUCUCAAACUUUUAUUAGAAAUAAAAGACAAAUAACAUUAGCAAUCAGAUCGAUGUGUACUUAUGAUGGUGAUGAAAUUAUUGUCAUAGGUACCGUUAAUUAAAACCAUGUUCAGACUGGCAGGUGGUGUUUAUAUGUUGUUGAUUUUUACCGAAACGCUACGCAGCCAUAAUGCGUGAUACUGUUGGCGGCUGAAACCAUUUUAGCCAUAGCCGCGCCUGGACGGCAGCAGACCAAUAUAUGCUUAAACGACUGUACAGCAAUAAGAUGCAAUUUAAUUAACCGAAGUGUCCGUACCAUCAUGCCAGCCACUGUUUGGCUUGAGAAGGAUUCUUCAGCAGAACGAAAACAGUAUUUAUCUGAUGAUUCUAUUGACGAAAUUUCUAACGGCGUUUCUUACUCGUUGCUUGUUAGAGAAUGUAACAUGGUUUUUUUUCUUUGAGCUAGAAUCUAUAUGCCAUGCAAUGUGAGUCCAGAUGGACCGAAAUACAAAUACAUUCUUUUCUGCGUGCUUUUUCCUUUUGUUUUUAUCAAAUGCUAAUAGAACUACUAGUGUAUGCUAUUAGUUUUAUUCCAUAUUGUUGUAUGUAGAGAUGAUCCUUUGUAUAAUAUUUAAUUAAUAAAAGGCAGUUACGAGGAACACUCUUCACGUACUCUUUCAAUAAACCCAACCUUGAAUUUCGAUAAAGCAACUUCACGGUACGGCGUUCAACAAAAAGGAUUCUUUGAGCCUUCGAUACAACGUUUUAGUUUUAAAUCAAUGCUAGUGUACUAUAGUAUAGCAGUUAAUCGCACUCUACUAAUUUCUCCCUUUGCGAGAUCCGCCCAUUAAAAGCCGCAUCGCUCCGGCGAAUCUCUUAUUAUCUCAAUCCAAGCUUUGUUCUAUUAUCAUAUCAUUUAUAAGAAUCCAGUCACUGUUUUUUGUGUUAUUGUACCGUCCGUAUCAUUGACAUGCCUGUUUCUAUGACACGAUUCGUGUCGCAUGCAUCUUCUACCACAAGCUGUACUGGUUUGCCGCCAUAACCACUAGAGGGAAAUCGUGUUACCGGAGUUUGUCGCUCACGUUAGCGUGCCUGUCAUACAGUUGCGAUUAUGAUGUGCUUGUGCCUUAUGAUUUCAAUUGUAGUCACAACUUGUGGCAUAAUUGUUGGAUGUAGCCUGAUUCUUACCAACACAUUCGACAUUACAAGUAGUUGCAACAGCGGAUGUGAUUGUGAUGAUGAACCUAGUAGGGACGACCAAAACUGUGUGCGAGGACGUAGGAAACGAAGAAGUGAUGCGAAGCCUGGCGGCACGGGGGAUUUCUUUGGGCGAUUUGAGGAGAAAAAGAAUCGUCAAAAGGAGCAGCAACGAGGCAGCAAAACCCUUAAAAAUUUCAUCAAACGUGCCAACACCCUCAAAGAAAACACAAGUUUUUCACUAGGAAGUUCCUGGAAUGGGCCAAUUUUGCGUGAUAAAAAAGCAUCGGACGGCCUGUUGGCUCUACGCGAAGUUCUUCAUGGAAGGCUAGCUCUCCGUCAGGAAAUAUGCGUGGAAAUAAUUAAAUUGCUUAAUGGGGCUUUCGAAAGAAUGGAGACAUUGUUUAAGAAAAAUGAGUCAAUGUCUACCGUCUCGGAUAUGAUCCAGGAUGUCUAUCAACUCAUUUAUGAUCGAGCGGCAGAAGAAGUUGAAGCUUCAACCGCUCAGGAAGCGGUCGAACUUUGUGAAGACUUCUUUAUCUCCCACACAUACGAUAUUUUAUUUAGCGUUUUGUCAUCAGAAGAAGAGCGUCGUGAUCUCAAGGUCCUUCAACGCAUCCGGUCUUUGCAUUGGGUACGGGCAAAUCAUCUAGAACUGGAUGUCGACGAUAUUCAUCCCACCGUUAAGGAGUUCAUGGACGAAGCCAUGAAACAGCUUAUAUUCAUUGAUUCGAAGAGGUCUCCUAAGGAGAAAUUGGCCUGUGUGGUUGAUGCAGCAAAGAAUAUUUUCAAGAUGCUUCAAGCCGCUCCAAAAGGUCCAAGCCAUGCGGGUGCAGACGAUUUUCUUCCAGCGAUGAUUUACGUGGUUCUGCGGGCAAAUCCUCCGAGAUUACACACCAAUAUUAAGCUGGUCACACUAUUUAGCGCCCAAAGCCGUCUUCGUAGUGGCGAAAGCGGCUAUAUGUUCACGAAUCUCUGUGGAGCGGUAAAUUUCAUUGAGACUCUUACAGCCGACAAACUGCAGAUGCCACAAAAAGAAUUCGAAGCCUACAUUCAGGGAAAGGCGAUGCCAAUGGAGGAUUCAAUGACCGCAGGUGCGCGUUUAAUGUAUCAUAAUAUGGCCGCGCUCAAGGAGCUACACCUGCGGCAGGAUCGGCUAGCAGACGCAUCAGAACAGCUCAAGAUGACCCUAGAUUCACUACAGAAAGAUAUUGCUGAGCAGGUACAACGCGCUCUUGCUGAAUCGGAGGACGCUACGAAACCUCACGAAUAUCGGGUCUCCAAAAGCAUACCAACUCGUUGUUUGCCGACGUUCAUGCGUGAUAAGGUGCUGCUCAUAGAACCGCCUGCAUCGCCACCGCAGCCAGCUGAUCUUCCCCCUCCGUUGCAGCCGGAACUUUUACAUCAGAUCAGUAACGCAGAAGAUAAUAUUAUCGAUAGUAACGAAAAUGCCGCCGACAAUCAUAGCAAUGUCGAUAAUAUCAAUAACAACAGCCAUAGUACUAGUAGCCGUCUAGCGAAUACUGCGACGUCGACGAGUACCGAUGAAGAGUUGGUUACCGCCGGCGAUCAAACAAUAGCUGCCACACCGGAUUCUGAUCUGUCUGCUGAUGAGGUUCUUCAGGUAGAACUAACUUGUAGCAACGGUGAAUCUCCUGAGGGGCAAGACGUACCACAAAGGGAAAGCGCUUCUGAUCCAGCUGAAAGUGAACCAGCAUAAUAGGGCACAGGCUUCACAUUCUAAUAGAAGAGAGAUAAGAAUAAAUACACCACAGCGAACUCUACUCAGGACGAGGGUUCCUUUGGGAAGCACUCCUUGCAAAAGUUUAAAUGUUGAACAGACAGUAGUUAUGGGAUUAUUAUUUAACCCUGCAAUUGACAGUGAGCUUUUGUGCGAAUUGUUGCAAAAAAAUACUUGCGAUUACUUGUAAUUAAUUCCAUUUAGGCUUUACAAAAAACCAUCUUUUAACUUGCAAAAAUGUGUUCAGUGAAAUUGCGGAUGUUCGAAUGUAUGAACAUUUUAUUUUUGGAGACGUUUUGCGUUUGUCGCUUGGACACAUGAAAUAGAAUAACUUUCAAAGCUUUAUCGUUACUAGUGACAGAAAAUCUCAGAGAGAGAGAGA